AUGUCAAAGAGGCCGUCAUACGCUCCUCCCCCUGCCCCUGCCCCUGCUGCUCAAAUUCCCAAUACCCCGGGGUUUGUUGGGUACAACCCGUACAGCCAUCUCGCCUACAAUAACUACAGACUUGGCGGGACCCAAACCACCAACAGUCGAGCAACGCAAAACUCCUCUGGAAUUAAUAUCCCCAAACCGCCGAAGCCGCCAGACAAGCCUCUGAUGCCAUAUAUGAGAUACAGUCGCAAGGUUUGGGAUCAAGUAAAAGCCUCCAAUCCUGAUCUGAAGCUAUGGGAAAUUGGGAAGAUAAUCGGUGGCAUGUGGAGGGACCUCACUGAUGAGGAGAAACAGGAUUAUUUGAAUGACUACGAAGCAGAGAAGAUUGAAUAUAAUGAAAGCUUGAAGGCCUAUCACAACUCCCCAGCCUACCUCGCCUACGUCAAUGCAAAAAGCCGCGCAGAGGCCGCAUUGGAGGAGGAGAGUCGCCAGCGGCAGUCCAGACUAGACAAAGGCGAGCCGUAUAUGAGCAUCCAGCCCGCGGACGACCCGGAUGAAUAUGACGAUGGGUUUUCCAUGAAGCAUUCAGCCGCUGCACGUUUUCAGCGUAACCAUCGUCUGAUCAGCGAGAUCCUGAGCGAGAGCGUGGUCCCAGACGUUCGCUCCGUCGUAACCACGGCCAGAAUGCAGGUCCUCAAACGCCAGGUCCAGUCUCUGAUGGUCCACCAGAGAAAACUUGAAGCUGAGUUGCUACAGAUCGAAGACCGUCACCAGGACAAGAAGAGAAAAUUCAUUGAAGCGACGGAGUCAUUCACCAACGAGCUGAAAAGGCUCUGCUGCAUGAAGGUGGAAGUGGACAUGGAUAAGAUUUCGUCUGAGAUGGCGGCAGCAGAAGAAGCUGCCCGUAAGCGCAUGGCAGAUCGGGAAAAGGACUCUGGAGAGAGGGGGAGCAGAGAGGGGGCCGCCUGCGUUCUGGCUGAAGAAGAAAAACACGGGAGCAAGGCCCAAAAUACUCCCAGUGACAUCAGCAAGGACGGAGAGGACGCAGAUAGCAACGCAAGAGAUGCACCAGGAAAGCCAAAGGCCACAGAGGAGGGGGAGGGUCCCGGCUGCAGUGAGGAGGGGGUGUCUGAGGACAAAGAGAGCGUCCCAGAAGGAGCGAUGGAGGAGGGCACAAGCGACAGCAACACCGGCUCCGAGACCACCUCCGCUCAGACGGAAGACCCGGCCAUCAGCGAGUCCUCCGAGGGGCCGAGCCGAGCCAGAGCCCACUGA